ACAUUUUGCCUUUGUAUUUACUAUUUACAGGCAUUUACUGAAAAUUUAAAACUCUUUAAAUAAAAGAAACACUAAAUAGAUCUGUGAACUAAAGUCUCCUAACGAAAAAAUAAAAGCUUUAUUAAUUAAAAUGUCCGGCGAGGAUUGUGAAGGGCUGGACCGUGGUGAAAACGAUGGACUUAAAUCGGAUAAAAUGUUUACUCUCAAAAAGUGGAAUGCUGUUGCAAUGUGGAGCUGGGAUGUAGAAUGUGAUACUUGUGCUAUUUGCAGAGUACAAGUUAUGGAUGCCUGCCUCCGUUGCCAGGGUGAAAGCAAGAAGGACUCCUACGGGAAGCAAGACUGUGUGGUUGUCUGGGGGGAGUGCAACCACAGUUUCCACUUCUGCUGCAUGUCGCUGUGGGUGAAACAGAACAACAGGUGUCCACUUUGCCAGCAGGAAUGGUCCAUUCAACGAAUGGGCAAGUAGGAAGUUGUGCAUAACCUUCAAAAGUUGCGAAACCUGUAUUCGUUCCGAUAUUUUUCUUUAAGUGUCACUAGUAAUAACUUGUUGCAUUAAAUGAUUCUCGCAAA